UCUGGUGUGGAGAGUCAGACUAUUAGCGGAGUGUCACAGCUGCAUUUCAGCUCUAACAGAGAGCCGAGCGAAGGAACUGCUGGAUUAUUACUGCCUCUGCAGGAACUGAGGAACUCUCCAGAGAACAGCCAAACAGCCUAACAGCUCAAAAAGCUUCACAGAAAUCCAACAAAAUGAACCUGAUCAUCCUUUCCCUCUUCUGCUGCUGCCUGCUGAUCACUAUCACCCCCAGUGUGAACAGUGCAAAAUUCAACCUCAGCCAAGUUUUGAAAAGAAGUGUCUGGCUCCAGAGAACGAAAAGGGAUCUGAGUAGCCUGUCUGCUCUGAGGGAAACACAGUCUGGACCUCAGUUUGUCAGACCAGAAGAUGUCAAAGAUUCCCUGCUUCCACAUUCCAGUGCCAGCCACACUGGCAUGAGGACGAAGCGCUCCAAGAGCUCAGUUAUCAACCAGUCCAAGAGGUCCGGCUGCGCCCUGGGCACCUGCACCAUGCACGAUCUGGCACACCGCCUGCAACAGCUCAACAACAAGCUCAAGGUCGCACCCAUCGAGAAGAUCGGCGCACUGGGCUACGGGCGGAGACGCAGGUCCGUCCCGGAGAGAAGGAUGACCCUGGAGAAAGGGGAGCAAGCUGGGGGUCGACUGCGGCCUGUGUGGAGACUACACAAGCUGGAGGCGCUGCUCCGGCGGACCUGAGCUGCGAGGGCAUCCGCGGAACGGGACAGAGGCGGAGGAAGCCCCCCUCACUGGGCUUUACAGGCCAACUCAGAAAUUCUACGCAUGCCUCAGACUCCUGCCAAGAGUUUCUCUGGCGCGUACUUAUCCCGAGCUGAGCGGCUGAGAGGGAAAAAGUCGGGCCUGCCCUGCGCAUGGCCAAAGCUCAAGCUCAAGCAAAAACAACAGCUGUUCCAUUAAGCACUGUGAAAGAAAGAGAGAGAGAGAGACAGACACAAAGAGAAAGAAAGACAGAGAGAGAGAGAUCAAGAGAGGAAGUGGGAGAAUUAAGCUGUGGUCAAGCACUGGAGCCGUGGCGGAGCACUGGGUGUGAGUUCAAAGAUCAACGGCACUGAUCCCCAGCACCAUGGACUGACCACACAGGCACUGAGAACCAACAGUCAAGUCCUCGUCCUCUGGGAAAGAAUACUUCAAUGCCCUCUCGCUGCUCCUCAAAUGGACUAUUUGGCGGGAUGGACUAUUAUGUUUAUGGGACUCUCUCUCACAAGAUAACACCUCUGGACUUAAAGCCAUCUAAGCAAGAAAAACAUCAUCUGAGCAAGAUAUAUAAACGAGAUAUACAAGAUGAUGCGAUGACUCUGAGGAGAUGGACUUUAAGUAUUUUAAGGCAACAAAGCUGUUUUUUUUUCUCUGUUGUCUCAAACCACCAACCUUUUCGGACACUGUAUGAGGGAUGAAUACCUUAUAGGUUAUAGGAAAGAAUGCCAUAAUUCCUUAAGUCCUUAAGGAUUGUACACUACUUGAACCUUAUUAUUGUUUUAUAUAGAGAUACGUGCAAUCUAUAUGUAAUGUUGUUUUGUUUUUUUAUAUAAAUAUAUAUAUAUUUUUGCCAGUAUAUGUAUAUACAUGCCAAAAAUUGAUAUUGUUAGAUAUUGUUAUUUAAUAGUUUUUAUAUUACUUUUUACUACUUUAAAAAGAGAGCUAUUUUUGUACAGGAUUAAAGAAGUUUAAAGGGCAUUGUAUGUUGUUGUAUGUUUAUUAUUCAUGUCUUAUUGUCUCAAGCUGUGGUUAUAGAAUAAUAUUGUGUUUUGUAAUAAUAUAUUUGUAAAUGUGAUUUAUUUUGCCAUGUCAGAGUAACGUUGAAAUUCCAAUAAACCCUGUUUUGCAUAAAUCAAA